AUGUGGCUGUUGCAGGAUCUAAUAACACACAUUGUGAUAGAUGGAGAUAUGUUCACAAUGUGGAUAAGUUUUGAGGUCUUAACAUCGAGAGCUGAAGAAGGAAACUGCUACCCAGAAUACACUAAAUUUUUGGAGAUAACACUCUUCCGCCCUGUUAAAUGGACACCCGAAACCUUAAUUUAUGACGAUGAAAACACGUUCCAUUCCUCGAUUAAGACGAAACGAUGGAACGAUGACAUNGAUGGCCCUUUGUUUCAUCCUACUAUAUCCACAAUUACAUGCGGCUCAUAUACGGUACUCGAAUUCAUUGAUGGGAGAGUGAAUACAUUAGAUCAUACCGAAACAGGCCCACAGGAAGAAACAAAUAAUAUUGAAUCCUUCCAACCAGAAAGUUCACCACGCGAAACUGCCUUUAAAAUACUUUUAGAACCUCGCAGUUUAUUAAUCCUUAAAGACUCAUUAUAUAGGGACUAUUUGCAUGCCAUUAACGAAUUUAAGGAAGAUACACUUUGCGAUAAAAUUUGCAACUAUGAGAAUUGCGAAACAACGCAUAAAAUGGGAGAUAUUUUGAAACGUGGAACUCGCAUAUCAUUAACCAUUCGUCAUGUACCUAAAACAACUAAAAUGAAACUAAAGUUUUGUUAGACAAAUCUCAGAUAUACAUUAGACCAACAAAUGGUUUAAUCCUUUUCAUAAAUAUCAAUAAAUAAUAAAUAUAC